AUGGCGAAUAAACAAGACGAAGGAGAUUGCGAGUUUUUGGAGGAGCUGACCACGACACGAAUGUUGGAUCACCACAAGAUAGAAAUGGAAAUGGAAUCAGCAGCCAUUUCUCUAAGCCGGCAGAAGAAAAUAGCAACAGUCCUCCUCAAUAAAUGGAAUCACCACAAAACAGAGGACGCCUUCAUGCUCGCUUCCGCCGCAGAGCAGAUGCAGCUGACCGCACAAUGCCUACGCGAGGCCGAGGUGACGAAGGAAAGGAUCCUUCGCAUCGGAACACACUAUCUGCUAUUGGACUUCCUGCACGAGUACAUGACGAAAAGUGGUCACGCCUCAGCUUCAGGACGUCAGAGCUUUCUCGAGCGCAGUCGCGACUACUCCUUCGGAUCGGAAGCAAUUUCAGAAUUAGUCGCCAGUCACAGGACUGUGCUGGAUUUCGCGGUAACGGAGAUGUCAGCUAUGCUACACAAGCAAGAAAACGAACUGAAGGAGAAAGACCGCCUUACGAGUUCUCAAGUCCAGAGAAUUGUGAGAAAGGAGCUCGAGUUACUUCAAACGCAGCUCAGUUCCAGACCACAAAUCGAGAACACUGUGGACGCUCAAAGUCCUAACAAGAUACCACACAGCUCUCCUCAGAAGAACGUGGAACAGACACCCUCAGUAGAGCCGUUGGAAGACAGCGAUCCUGAAGAGACACCCGGCCUGCCCGAAAGUCAAGAAGAAGAAGAUCGACACCAAGAGGAUGACGACAGCUAUUUCAACAGAAUGGUGAGCGAGGUCGCAGAUGCAAAUGGAGCGAGUGAAUCACCAAAUCCGACGUCCGAUGGAGAUGAACCGUCGCCAAAGCUUCGAGUUGUCGAUUCAGACACGAUUCUCAGCAGCCGUAUAAGAAGAAUCGAAGAAAAGGUGGAAAGAAUGAAAGAAGACCUCAAGCACUUCCCGUUCCGAGAUCGAAGAGACCGUUCGGAGGGAGUACACCCAUGGAGGACUUGCGCAUUCUGCGACGAACAAGGGAACCCACUUCUCAGAUGCCUGCAGCCGUGUCCGAGAUGGAGAUGCACGGUAUAA